AUGUCUGAGAAGGAAGACGACUCGGCAGACGUUCCUAGGCCAGAGCCAGAGGAAAACUCGGCCGAGCCGCCUCAGUCGGAAGUAUCGCCGGUUGAUGACCCGACUGAUGUCGUCCCGGAGAGUCCAGAAGUGCCCGCAGCUGCUCCAGAGUCCGAGACCACGGAUGUGACUCCCGCUGCCGCAGAGGCUGAGCCCAUCGCGUCAGCAGCGGACGAGGAUAAGACGGAUACGAAUGUGGCGACGGUGAUGAUCAGUUCGUCUGCGACCCAUGUCACAAAAUCUCCUGGUGGAUCGAAGCAAGGCAGUGCCGGCUCGCGCAAGGAUGUCCCGCACAAAUCCUCGUCCGCUGCUGGAGUACCGACUAUACCGCCCGGCCCAGCACCCAUAGUUUCUCCCGAGAAACACCAGCCAAAAGGUGAUACACCUCCUGCAGAGUGUCAGUUUGAUCUAGAGAAGAUCUGGGCCGAUCCCAUUGAGUUCCACGAUGGAGUGCUGUCUGAGAUAUGGGGCUCUCCCAAGCUCCGUUCGGUGCUCUCAGAAAUAUGGAAGGAGCGUGUCGAAAAGGUCGAUAUCCGCAGCAUCCUCAGUCAGAUUUGGUCAAGCGAUAACGACGACAAGCACGUGUGCAGCAUUCUGUCUGAGAUCUGGGCCACGCCGGCGGUGCGCUCGGUGCUCUCGCAGAUCUGGCACGCCGAGGAGGAGGUGCAGAUGGUCGACACGCGCGCCGACUACCGUGUCACCGAGUCCGAGAUGCUACUGGAGGAGCUGAUCGAGAACCUGCAGAAGUCUGAGCCGGACCUGACGGCGGCCGGCGAGCACGCCGAGGGCGAGGACGAAGAGCACCUGGAUGAGGAGGAGAUGGAGGAGCGCGCCAGGCGCCGCGUGCACCGCUACACCACCGCCACCGACGAGGGCGACCUGCCCGCCUCCAGGCCGCUGACGACGCGCUGGGCCUUCGGCGGCUCCUGCAGAGCUCCGGUGAUCAACCUGACCUCGGGCAAGAGCCAGCUAAUGGUCUACGGUGCCGCUCAGUGUGCCGUCAUCUACGAUUACGGCAACAACACGCAGCGCAUCCUGCAGGGCCACCGGAACUGCGUGUGCGGUCUGGCUGCCUCCCGCAAUGGCCGCUGGAUCGUCUCCGGGGAUGUUGGGCCAGACAACGCGCUUAUCGUGUGGGACGCCGCCAUGAGCGCGCCGCUGCAGAUGCACUUUCCGUCCGCAGCGUUCUCAGGUCCGCUACAGCUGGAGUUCAGCUGCGACAGCCGGUACGUCCUCGGCCUGUGGGGCAAUGUGGAGGAGGUCGGCGGUCGUGCACGACAGCAGCUCGUCUGCUGGGACUGGACCAUAGACGGCGCCGUGCCCACAUUGGUGCACCAGUUUGGCAUUGGCCACGGUUUCCAUCACCACCUGAGUGUCAGCCAGAUGGAUUCUGCCGUGAUGGCCACCACCGCCGCCUGCCGCAUGCUCUUCUUCCAGAUGACGGAUACUGGGGUGGCCCACCACUGUCCUCAGCUACACAGCACCUACUCUCCCGACUUCAAGUGCAGUCCGGGGCAUUUCACACAGACGGCCUUCUCCAGCGACGACCCGUACGCAGUCUUCACCGGCACAGAGAAAGGCUACGUGAUUCUGUGGAGCGAUCGGCGUCCCUCGGCCCCGUGCGAUCCGGAGAAACUGAAGCCCACCGUCAAGAAGGAGGCUCGCAAGGUGCUCAAGAUCAGCGAGGCACAGAUAACCUGUCUGCAAGUCACAGACGGUGUGAUCUGUGCCGGCACGGCGGCCGGAGAGCUGCGGUUUCUGGACGGCCAGCUGCGUCUGCGACAGUGGUACCAGCGCUUCGGGUUGGCCGCCGUGCGGUGUCUGUCAUCUGGACUGCAGCCGGUGCGGUCGGGCAGACAGGGCUCCACACAACCCGACUCCCUGCACAGUGCUGGCGGCGACAGUGUCGGCCCACUGCCCGAUACUGACUCGAUGGACAGCGAGCAAAUGCCGUACCCAGGGGACGCCAGCCUGGAGGCGGCAGAGUUCACGUGUCGCGACCUGCUGGUGACGGCGUCCGACGGGUUCUGCGGCCUGGUGCAGGUGCGCACCUCCAGCUGUAGGCGCAUCGCACAGUUCCCCGUGGUCACCGUGCGAGCCCUGGACGUGAACCGAACUAAGCCUUACCUGGCGAUCGGCGCUUACGACGGCAGCGUGCGGGUCUACGAUUUCCAGCACAAACAACUGGUCCUGGAGACAGUGCUGACGGGAAGCAACCGCGUCCACUCCUUGGCCUACUCCCCGUCCGGUCUGCACUUGGCCGUCGGCAUGCAGUGCGGUGAACUGGUCAUUCUGGACGGUCUGACGCUGCUGCCGGAGGGUGACCGAAUCACUCUCAGCCGCGCCGCCAUCACCCAGUGUCUGUUCUCACCAGACUCGGACCUGCUCGCCACGCGGGACGAUGAUCUGGUCGUGUCAGUGUACCGUUUCGAGGUGACCAUACACCAGUGGGGCGUGCUGGCGCGAUGGCGCGCCCACCACCGACCCAUUGUUGAGCUGCUGUUUGCGCCCGGACAGGACGUGUCAGCGGGUCCUCGGCUGCUAUCGCUCGGCGAGGACCGAGUGCUCGUCGAGUACGACCUGGUCAACAGCACCAAGGAGAAUCCGGUAGUGCUGUGCUGCGACACUCUGGAGCAGUCGGCCAUCCCGCUCUGCAUGGCGCUCUAUCCGCCACUCACCACCGAGGACUUCAUCCUGGUCGCCAACUCUCAGUACAAAAUGAAGUUGUUCAACGCACACACCCGUAUGUGCCGCCGCGUAGUGCUGGGUCCACAGUACGGUGCGCCAGUGGAGCGUAUGAAGGUGAUCCCGCGGAUCCUCUCCUGCGACACGGGACUGGCUGAAGAGCAGCACUCGUACCUUGCUUUCUCCACCAGCGGCAAGAUCGGCCUGCAGAUCCUGCCGCUCGACGGCAACCCGCGCAAGGCAGCUACUGUGGUCGGACACCCCAACAAAGUGGAGCACUUGGACUGCAGCACAGACGGCCGCUGGCUGUUCUCCGCCGGCGGUGAGGACGGCUGCGUCUUCAUGUGGGAGAUCUACCCCGAGUCGCUGGAGGCCAUGUCCAUGCUGGGUGGCAUGGGAAUGACGCCGUUCUACGACCAGCUGGAGGGCGGCCGCGAGGGCGAGCUGUACCGGAAGCUGGAGGACCUGGUCUACUAUACCCAGCUGGUGUGUCAGGGCGAGGACCUGCUGGAGCGACGCGCCGUCAGCCAGACGGUGCCGCUUCACACCGUCACCGACGUGCUGCGCGCCAUUGGCUUCUUCCCCACAGAGAAGGAGAUCGAUGACAUGCAGAACGAGGUGCGGUACCGCGAUUACGCAGCCACCGGCGAGCUGGUGGAGGAGGUGCAUCUGGACGACAUCAUCCGGCUGUACAUCAACCACGGCCCGGUGUCGUCCGUGUCAGGUCGGCAACUGGACUGGGCGCUGCACACGCUGGCCUCGCAGUCCGGCUCCCGGCACGGCCACCACGGCGGCCUGCCCAGGAAGGAGCUGCUCAGAGCGCUGCAGGCCAACGGCGAGCACAUGUCCGAGCGCGAGCUGGCCGCCGUGCUGGCCGAGCUGCUGGACCCGCGCGCCGAGACGCUGCCGCUCGGCGUGCCGCUGGACACGGUGGAGCACCAGCUGCCCAAGGUGGUGACGCUGCGGAACAUGUGCGCCGAGCUGCUGGACAUGCCGGAGCUGAUGGCGGAGGAGGAGAGCGGUACUGCCUCGCCCUCCAGUCGGCUCUCCGCUGAGGACGCCGACGGACGGUGGUAG